AUGAAGAGGCGGAGCAAUACACAUGCAGCCUUGAGAGAUGAAGACGAUGAGAUUGUGGUCGCAUUACACCCGCCAAAGCGCAUGAAAAUCGACACAUCGGACACCAGUGGCAGUGGCAUCUUAACGCCUCAAUCUGGGAACCGAGUCUUGCGAGACAAGCCAGCCGCGUCCUCACCGCAGCUUGCUGACUCCGGACUUAGUGAGGCUGUGGAACUGGACGACACAAGCGACGGCGACGGCGACCGCAGCGUUGAUGAUAGUGAGACCGGUGGCAGCAGUAGGAGACGCCGGAUAAAACCUGCAGAAGCGAGCCACCUCGCUAUCUGCGGUCCAGCGUACCCAAGAUCGGCGUAUACCGGAUGGCAGCCGCCUUUGGCACACGUCACUGAGGUGGAAGCUGACGAUGCGCUGCGAGAGGUCAGCGAGAGACCUGACGUAGAGCGGUCGGAGUGGAAGAUAUAUCGUUUGAGCAAUUUCAGCUUCUACCGACCGCCAUCCGGGCACAAAACGCAUCGCCACGAACUGGUGUCCCUUGACCGGUUACGACAAGACCGGUACCCCGAAUUCUGCAUGGACGGUAUCUUAUCUUGUGGAGACCGCAGGUGCUAUGUGCAAUGCAUUCCGUUCGAGAUCAUCACGGUGGAUGGGUAUGGAGAUGAUGCAAGUAAUAUUGCGAACCAAAUUUGUAUCCAAUCUAAGCAACAAGCCAGCAGAGACAACGGGGCGUGGUAUCAGCUCAGUUCUCCAGCAGCUGAGUACCGGAGAUUUUACCACCCUUUCCUUUGGCUAGCAAGAUUCACCAAAUACUUUGUGAUCUACCUGCUGGAGAAGAAGUGUGUCACCCUUGGACACUUUCGCGCGAGUUUCUUCAAGUGGCUGCAAGCAGGAUACGCCGCUAGCCGGGGCUUUCAUAAAUGGCUCGAAUACUCUGGACUGCGCGACUUUCGUACGACUGUCGCUGCCAACGUAUGGUAUCUCUGGAAAGAAUGCUAUAGUCUCGAGGACUCGAAGCUGCGCAAGCAUCCAAUAUGGUCAGAAGUCGACCCUCAACGCCUUAAGGCCAUCCCUAUGCAACCGAACUUUGAGAAGAUGACGGUCGUGACACCUUUCGCCUACCAAUGCUUCGGGUCUAUGUACUUCGGCGAUCGAUUAGUCGAAAGACGGGCUAAUGCUAGGCUCAUUCGGAGCACCCAACGCCGCAAAAGUCUACUCGGGCUAACUCCAUUCCUUUCCGAAAAGCAUUCAGCGCAUAUCAUGCAAUCGCCUGCAAGUCUUGCGAGCUCCCCAGACCCAGAGCCCGUUAGCGCGCUGAACAUUACCGCUGGCGAUGUUGUAUGCGUGAGACCAGAUCUGAGUAGCGUCUGGAGAGAGGCGCAACAUUCUUGGUUCGCUUAUGUUCAAGGCACCCGAAGUCAUAAUGACCGCAUGUUGCUCGAUGUUCUCUGGUUGUACGAGCCAAAGGACACGACACUCGGCAAGGCAUACUAUCCCUUCCCAAACGAGCUCUUUCUCUCCGACAACUGUAGUUGCGGCGAAGCUGCUCUCGACCGAGAGUGUGUGAUCAAGAAGGCAGAAGUUACCUUCUUUGGUCGCAACCCUUACGCCCAUAAGGGGCUCUUCGUUCGCCAAAAAUUCCGCACUAUCCACGAACAGGAUACGUAUGACUUCGUGAGCCUUAAACAGACGGACUUUCGCUGUACCUGCGAUAACCAACUAUCCAUCUUUGAGGAGUGUUACAGCAAGUACAACGUUGGAGACACUGUCCUCGUGCGUGAGUGGUCCAGGAUCCUCCGCGAGGAUCGCCUACAGCCGGCACGUAUAGAACACUUCGACUGCAAGAAGAGGCGCAUACACGUGAGCCUCUUCGGCCGCAAGCACGAAGAAGAUCCAUCAAGCAACGCGAGACCUAACGAAUUGACCGCUCCCUUUACGGCUCGUUCUAAGUCAUCCGACAAGAUCAUUCGCAAAUGCCAGGUACGCCAUUUCACACGUGCACAGAUCGCGAACGGCGAUGUUCCAGCGCCUUACGACAGAGAUGGUACCGGCGACUUUUUCUACCUCGCAAUUGAGACCUUGGAAGCAACGGAUCAGGAGCGGCACUUUGCAGAGGGUUGGAACCCUUCGGAGAAGCCGCACAAGCCAAAUCUCACCGGAAUGGGCAUCUUUUGCGGAGGAGGCACAUUCGACCGCGGGCUCGAAGAAGGCGGUGCGGUGCAGUUCCGAUAUGCAGUCGACUGGGCAGAGAAGGCUCUUCACAGUUAUCGCGCCAACGCUAACGCCAAUGCCAGCUCAGGCGAAGUGCAUUACUUCCUUGGAUCGGUGAAUGACUACCUUUCUCACGCUAUGGCUGGAUACGAAGGGCCUGCAAUUGCUGAACCUGGAGACUUUAAUCUGCUCUCUGCGGGAAGUCCAUGCCCAGGAUUCUCCGCUCUUCAGAAUAACAAGCUUAGUGAGGAAUCUAAGCAGAAUGCAUCUAUGAUCGCCUCUGUCGUCUCUUUCGUCGACUUCUUUGUUCCAGAAUAUCUUAUCCUGGAGAAUGUGGUUACCAUGACCAACGGUAUGGGACCCCAAAAGGACGAGAACGUCUUUGCGCAAAUUGUGGCCUCGCUAGUAGGCCUUGGUUACCAAGUCCAACAGUUCUUGAUGGAUGCGUGGUCCUACGGAAGCCCUCAACAACGAUCACGGGUCUUCAUCAUCGCUAGCGCACCAGGGCUCGUGCCUCUAGUAGCUCCUUCCCAUUCUCAUGCUCAUCCACCAAACGCAGCAGCUAGAGGAAGAGCUUUAGGCACCUCAAGUAACGGGAAACGGUUCGGCAGUCGCAGGGACGAGUUUACUGCCUUCGGACAUGUAUCUGCCGCAGAUGCGGUCGCCGACCUACCUUUCGUAGGCGACUCCCAAGUGCAGCUUUGCCCUCAGUUUCCUGACCACAGGACCGCGAUUACUGAGCCUGCUGUGAACAGAGGCCGCGUAGUAGCGGUCCCGACUCGGCCACGAGCCAUGGGCCUCAUCCAAGCCAAGGCGGCCGGCUUAGUUCGCGGCGACCCACUUGAACAUUGCGAACGGGUGAACGCGGUUCGGAAGGUCAAGCAUUCCCGGAUCUUCGCUCGUAUUGAUCCCGACUUCCUCUUCCCUACGAUUGUCACUAGGCUGGCUAUCAACGACGGCAUCAAUGGCCGGGUGGUACAUUGGGACCAGCAGAGGACUCUCACCGUCAUGGAGGCCCGCCGGGCUCAAGGCUAUCUCGACACGGAAGUCUUGAUUGGCACCCCUGUCGACCAAUUGAAGAUUGUGGGCAAUAGCGUCGACCGGAAGGUUGCCUUGGUGCUGGGACUGGCUCUUCGCCAAUCCUGGACAGGAUCGGAUCUCAAUCUCAAUCUGAAUAGCCAGUCAGCUUCUCAGAUCUUGACAUCGCACGCAACGGCAGAGCACUCGAGCCCGGCAGCUGAUGAAGAUGGAGACUCCGCCAGGGAAGAAGACACAAGCAUUGCCACUAACAGUGGCGAUCAUCACGGUGACGGUGACGGCGAGACCGACUCGCUAGCCAACGAAGGAGCGUCGUCGUCGUCGUCAGCAGCAGCAGCAGCAGACGAGCUCUCGCCUGUCGUCGAUGAGCCGGCCGACAUGAACCGCAGCACCAAGAUGGCGCUCAACAUGAGCGCCGAGGAACUCGAAGAGAUCCGAAGAGAGUCGUCGCAAGCCUUCAAAGUUAUCAAGCGCAUCGUCGAAGAGCACGGGAGGGCGGGCGGGAGUCUUGGUGGCUCGCCCCUUUGGCGGUGA